AACUGAUACUAAAGGCUUUCCGUACCGUCCCGCCUCCGUCCAAUUGCGAUUAUUAUCCCGUGUUAUGACCUUGUUUACUUGUCGAGGCACAAGCCUGUUUUUUUUAGUCGAACAAAUAUAAAAAUAUGUUAAUUUAACGGUGCUUAUUUCAACAAUAAUAUACACACCUGGCCGCGGUGUGUGCAGAAACAGGCGUGGGGAAAUAUGUUCUGGACGGAAAGAAGAUGGCGCUUCUUAAGGAUUACACGCUCUCUGUUCUAGAGAACUAUUUUAACCCAGUUUGUUGUUUUCCCCAUGGGAGGCGAUCGCUAGUUAAGAUCUAGCUAAACUUAACUAGCUAAACUAACCAAACUAGUGGGAUUAACCCGGGUUACUGUGGGGGGGUUUGGGACCUUGUUCGUGCUUCUGGAUCACAUACUUGCUGCAUCAUGAUGGAUGAGGCGUCUCCGGCGUCUCUCACCGACAUGUGCCUGUCGCUGGUGAGCUCCAGACUGGAGUGGUUCUGUGUGAAGCAGGGCGAUGGCUCACUGUGUCUCCGUGAUCUUGUGGUCUUCCCUCAGGAGCUGGCUGACCAGCUGCUCCGCAAGAUGGCCACACAGGGCCUGCUGAACGACAGCACUGUGGGGAUUUUCCGCAACAGUCGGCAGCUCCGUCUGCGUCGCGCCUGCAUCCGUACAGCCCGCAUCUCAGCCGAGGCUUUUGAGCGUGCUCUCUGCCUGCACCGGCUGCUGGAGCUUGAUGCUUCUCGGGUCAACGCAGACCUCACCAUCACCGACAUCCUGCGCUGCCUCUCGGGCAGCAAGGAGGCACGCGAGAGCCUGCAGAGGCUCGUGCUCAACGGCCUGAGCAUGUCCUCGCUGGAGGAGUCAAGCGGCCGCUGCUUCAGCUCGCUUCAGGGCCUGCGAUCUCUCAGCGUGUCCAACGUGGAUUUCUAUGACUCAGGGCUGGUUGAUGUGUGCUCACUGCCACGUCUGGAGAGCCUGGACAUCUCAAACACAUCGGUAACCAACCUGACACCACUGCUGAAAUGCAAGGACAGGCUGCGCUACCUCACCAUGCACCAGCUCAAACGGCUAGAGAUGAGCUCCAAACAACUGCUGCACGUUCUCAGUCAGUUGGAAGGUCUGCAGCAUCUGGACAUCUCCGAUGACAAGCAGUUCAUGUCAGACGUGGCCUGGCAGCUACUGGAAACCCCGGGCAUCCUGCCUGUGCUGGUGUCUCUGGACCUGUCAGGCCGGAAGCAGGUGAGCGACGCAGCCGUCCGGGCUUUUGUCGAGGAGAGGCCUGGGAUGACGUUCGUUGGCCUGCUUGCCACCGAUGCUGGCUUCUCUGAGUUUCUGUCUGGAGAGGGCACAUUAAAGGUGACUGGUGAGGCCAAUGAGACUCAGAUCUGCGAGGCUCUGAGGCGCUACAGCGAGAGGGAAGGCUUUGUUCGGGAGGCCCUCUUCCAUCUUUUCAGCCACACACACGUGAUGGAGAAAGCUCGGCCUGACAUUCUCAAACUGGUAGCCUUAGGGAUGAAGAACCACCCCAACACUCUGAAUGUGCAGCUGGCAGCCAGUGCCUGUGUCUUUAACCUCACCAAACAGGACCUGGCGUUCGGGAUGCCCGUAAGGCUCUUGGGUCAAGUCACACAGCUGCUACUAGAAGCCAUGAAGACCUUCCCGAAUCACCAACAGUUGCAGAAGAACUGCCUGCUGUCUCUCUGUAGUGACCGGAUUCUGCAGGAAGUUCCCUUCAACAGGUUUGAGGCUGCCAAGUUGGUCAUGCAGUGGUUAUGUAACCAUGAAGACCAGAACAUGCAGAGGAUGGCCGUGGCAAUCAUAUCCAUCCUGGCUGCUAAGCUGUCUACUGAGCAAACGGCGCAGUUGGGAGCAGAGCUAUAUAUAGUGAAGCAACUCCUGCACAUUGUGCGUCAGAAGACGUGUCAGGGCACAGUGGAUGCCACACUGAAGUUCACACUCAGUGCCCUGUGGAACCUGACAGACGAGUCGCCUACCACCUGCAGACAUUUUAUAGAGAACCAGGGCCUGGAGCUCUUUAUCAGGGUGCUGGAGUCCUUCCCUUCAGAGUCUUCCAUUCAGCAGAAGGUCCUCGGCUUGCUGAACAACAUAGCCGAAGUGGGCGAGCUGCAUGCCGAGCUGAUGGUACAGGGCUUUCUGGAUCAUAUCAGGUCUCUGUUGCACAGUCCUGAAGUGGAGGUUAGCUACUUCGCUGCAGGGAUCCUCGCCCACCUCACGUCACGGGGCGAGACAGUGUGGACGCUCGACCUGUCCCUCAGGACCACACUGCUGGAGCAGCUGCACUCUGCGAUCCUGAAGUGGCCCACACCUGAAUGUGAAAUGGUGGCCUACAGAUCAUUUAACCCUUUCUUCCCCUUGCUGGAGUGCUUCCAGACUCCUGGAGUUCAGCUGUGGGCAGCUUGGGCCAUGCAGCAUGUGUGCAGCAAGAAUGCUGCACGUUACUGCAGCAUGCUGUUAGAAGAAGGAGGACUGCAUCAUCUGGAGGCGGUGAGUUCACAUCCUGAGACUCACUGCGAUGUGAGACGACUGGCCGAGAGCAUUCUGGACAGCCUUCAUCGCCACCGAGCGCGUACAGGCUACACGGGAACGACGCAAGCGCACACACACAGAGAGAGAGAUGUUCCAUGAGACGAAUAACCUUCGAGACCAGUCUCUGGAUGGCGCAUGGUGUACUACCUGGAAAUUGUUUGUGUGUAUUUGUCUGUGUGUCCUUGUACGGCUUGUUUAAGCUCACUUCCACAAACCAGGGCAGGAAAGGGGGUGGUGGGGGGUUUUACCUACCAAGCAUUCAUUUGCACAAAGCAAGAUAUCUAAUUCUUUUUUUUUUUUUCCCAUCCUUUCUCAGUUUAGAAAUAAUGUUAGUUUAUUUUGUCAUCUCUGUUGCCUGGGAGGGGGGACUGGGCGAAGAGUGACAAGAAUGGGAAGAGAGUAGCAUGACAGCAUGUCUGCAUGUGCUGAGAGAGCAUGCUUUAGUUCCUCGGGAUUCUCAAUAUGCACAGUCGGAUUGAUUCAAAUCCACCUUCGGAUAGAUUCGGAGUCUCGUCUCUGUGGACACAUGGCAAUAAAUAUCUCAAACUGAUGUUUCCGAAUCUUAGAUUUGUAUUGUUUUGAGAUGGUGUUAUUGCUAAAUUCUUCUAUGUGUGUGUGUGUGUAUAGAUGUAUGCAUGCACAUGUGUGGGUGCUUGAGGGUUUGGUUGCAAUUACUUAGUAUUUGUCACUGCAUUUGACAGCAUGAGAGGUUUAUAUAUAUAUAUAUAUAUAUAUAUAUAUAUAUAUAUAUAUAUAUAUACAUAUACAUAUACAUAUUUUAUAUGUACAUGGUGUCUACUGUGGCAGAUGACAGAUACUGUUAUAAAGAGUGCUAUGUCGUGUUGCACGCAAAAAAAGAAAUACUGAUAUGUUGAAUUUUAGUUUUUUGUUCUAAGAAAUAGUACAAAUAGUAGGAAAAGAUAACUUGUAUUUGAAAAGAUCUCUGUAAUGAGGUCUUAAGAGAGCAUCAGGGAGCACAAAGCUUGGGCUCAUUAUUGCAUAGCUCUUAUUGGAACACAGCCCUCUCUGACCCUCUUUAUUCACGUUACAGAGAGAGAACGCAACAGUCUGAGACGUAAAUGGGUAUGGAUGUCUACAUUUAGCAGUCAGACAUGCCCAGAAUACAAGAAGUCACUUAAAAGGAAGAAUUAAGUGAGAUUUAUGAGCUACACACCUGCUUUGUGCAAACUGUAAGCCCAAGAACUUGUUUUAUUUCUGUCAGUUUUCUUUGCUCAAUGUCUUCUCAUGUUGUGUUUCUUUCUUUAGUCUCAAUUUAGUUUGUGGGGCCAUGUACUUGAAGAAAUAGAGAUUUAAAUACACACAUACAAAUUAGGGUAUAUAAAUAAAACACAUUCAAAUCAGCCAGUUAUGUGGCAGCAGCACAAUGCAAAACAUUACACACAUACAGAUCACGAGUUUCAGUUCACAUCGACCAUCAGAAUGGGGUAAAAGUGUGAGCUUAACCAUAACACACUAAAAUAAUCACUCUGUAUAGGUGUGGGGAGCAGAAAAGCUUCUGAGCAUGCACUGAACAUCAAACCUUGAGGUGGAUGAGCUACAGUAGCAGAAAACUACAUCAGGUUUCAGCCAAGAACAAGAAUCUGAAGCUGUCACAGGCACAGAAUUACCCAAACUGAGCAGAUGAAGACCCCUCCAAUCUUCAUGUCUAAUCUCUUGACCUGUCGUUGUAUGAUAUUUGUGCAGUUGUGCUGCUGCCACGUGAUCGGCUGAUUCGAUAACUGCGUGUAUGUGCAGGUGUUCCUAAUAAAGUGGACAGCAGGUGUAUGUUAAUUGGUGUGUGAAUCUAUACCAAAGAAAUGGUCAAUCCAUGGGCUAACUCGCUCCUGAACCGUGUGGUAUGUUGCCUUAUAAUGACUGCCUGAAUUGCCUUGCUAGAUGUUUACAAUUGGAUGUCUAAUCAAUUGAAUAGUCUCCACCAUGAUCGAGUUCCUCGCAUCUAAACAGCUUUCACAUGGUUUAAAGCUUAAAGCUCUAACAGGAUCCGGUUUGCAGACUGUCACAAGCAUUUUUACUAAAGAUUCCCUUUCACAUAGCUUACAUCUAUGACUCUUCCACACAUGACAAGCUUCUGUAGGUGGCAUGAAAUUUCAAUAAACUGCCAGUCAUGCCAGCAAACCUCUGCUUGGAUCCUCUACGGCGAAAAAGUAAAUGUUGUAGAUUGAAAGUUGGAGAGAAAAUCUGUUACACAGCUCUGAAACAAACAUUAAAGUACAUGGCCUCUCUCAUAAACCUUUUUUUUUGUUUCUAAAUAUAGGAAAUGUUGGUGAUGUGGGGUGAGAAUCAGUUAAGUUAACAUAGACUGCCCUUUAGUCAGAUUUCAAUGGAUAUCCUCUUGCCAUAUAUCAGAAUAAUGUCAACCAGUCAGAGAAAUAAAUAAAUAAAUAAACAACUUUACACUC